CACGGUAGUUGGAUUCACCCAUAUUCAGAUGUAGGUGGGUGUUAGACCAGCCGCACAUGGUUUUCUUCGAUUUACCUAGUUAGGUGACUUUCACUUCUCUCGAGAUAAACAUUUACAGUACUUCUAUAUUGUUAUUUGCUUCCUCUAUGAAUGCCUGGCAACAUUCAGGAAUCAACAGCCAUGACCCAAUAUCUCGGCCAGCCCCUCAGUGAAUCUAUCACAGAGCACAUCGGCGCCACACCGCUUGUACGAUUAAACCGUCUCCCUGCUUCAUUCGGAAUCAAAGCCAAGGUAUGCGCAAAACUCGAAUACUUCAAUGCUGGAGGAUCGGUCAAGGACCGUAUUGCAAAGCGCAUGGUGGAACAAGCUGAGCAGGAUGGGUUGAUUAAACCGGGUGACACGCUGAUAGAAGCGUCAAGUGGAAAUACUGGCAUAGCGAUAGCCCUUAUGGCAGCGAUAAAAGGUUAUAAAUGCAUCAUCACCCUCUCAGAGAAGAUGUCAUUGGAGAAAGAACAGAUCCUCCAUGCACUAGGCGCCAGAGUCGUACGCACGCCGGCCGGUGUCCCAAUUGAACAUCCAGAGUCUAUACUAAGUGUUGCCAAACGGUUAAAAGAAGAGAUACCAAAUUCGUGGAUCUUAGAUCAAUACAACAACCCGGAAAAUCCCCGUGCCCAUGAAUUUGGAACCGCAGAAGAGAUAUGGCACCAGACACAAGGAAAGGUGAAUGCUGUGGUCGCGGGAGCCGGAACAGGGGGCACUAUCACUGGCAUGGCAAGGGCAUUCAAAAAGAAGAAUCGAGGCGUGUUUGUCGUUGGGGUGGACCCUGUUGGAUCCGUCCUUGCCCAGCCAGCAGCCCUAAAUGGGAAGAAAAGCGAGUAUAAAAUCGAAGGAAUUGGGUAUGAUUUUGUGCCUGGAGUGCUCGACCAGGCGGCUCCCGAUCUUUGGGUCAAGACAACGGACAAAGAAUCGUUCCAGAUGGCGAGACAACUGGUGAGCCAGGAGGGGAUACUCUGCGGCGGUUCAUCUGGUGCAGCUUUCGCAGGUUUGCGCCAGUUUCUUGAGAUCCACCCAGAGUUCAACGUCGAAGACAAAACGAUCGUGCUGGUGUUGGCAGAUAACCUUAGGAACUACCUAACCAAGUUUGGCGACGAUGCGUGGAUGGAGAGUAAUGGAUAUGGAUUAGAUGUAAGUGAUAGGUGAGUCGCAUCACAAGUAGCACACGCAGACUGUAAAUAGAUAGUUUUGGCUGAAAUACCAUAUUGAUCAAGUUGACUCCAUAAUUGGAAUAAAUCAACAUAUUUGACCAGCCCAAAA